ACCAUUAUCGAGCAUGUCUAACUGCAAUACAAAAUCACCAAGGAGGAAGUUGAGGAUUUCCUGUCGCCAUGGUUCACCCUGUUCGACUAUCGUUCUGUUCUCUUUGGCAACAUUAUUCACCGUCACAAUUUCAGUUUCUGGUCAUGUUUCUGGGUCCAAGUUGGAGGCAACGGAGGGACACAAUGUCUCCAUACCCUUCCAAACUGGACUGGAGAGAGUCGAUGAAGUGCGGAUAAUGCGGAUAAUUGGAGAAGGCGAGAGAAAACCUCUGCUUGCAAAGUACUGUUCCCCUCACACAUUCCCCAUCUGUGACCCCAUUGAAACACCUCACCAUCUGCAAGUUAAAGGAGGAAAUGUGUCCUUGUUUCUUGUGAAUGUGAACAUCUCCUGGUCUGGCCUCUACACAGCACGAGUCAUCACUGAUAAUCAUGAGUUUGAGGUGAACACUACGCUUGUUGUAAACCAAGCUCCAGUUUCCUCCAGUCCAGCUCCUCCACACUCCUCCAGCCCAAACCCUCCUCGCUCCACGGAUCUACGAUGGCUAGUUCCAGUUACAGUCAUUCCUCUGGUUAUUAUCCUCUUUGGGGGUGUUUGCUUUUGGAAACUCAGGAUGAUCCCGUGUUUUAAUGGAGAGAAAGACUCGGGAUCCAGUUCCAGUGUGUCCGUCUCCAUGAACGGUGGAGGAGAAACUGCUGAAGCUCUUCUCACGGUUACCAGAGUGUCUUAACAUGAAUACAAUCACUUUAGCCUUGUUCAAUGUCAGUCCAAAUCAGAUUUUGUGCGUAUCUGAUCUAUUUGGUAAAUGUAAACUACAAUAAAAAUGUUACAAACGUUUCACAGACCAGGUUUAAGAUAUUCCCAGACUAAAAUACAUGUUUGAGUUUUUACUUGAAAGAAACUAGCACUGACGUCACAUUUCUAAAAACAUGUCUGUGUCGUUAUAGUAUCUCGAGAUACACACCAGUAAUGUUUUAUCAAAGACUCUUUUAUAAAAGCUAGUCCUUGAACUAAGGGCUAAUCCUGGCUUAAUCUAAACCCUGUCUGUCUGUUGCCAGAUUAAUAGAUAGACUAUAGCGUUUUAAUAGAUUAAUAGAGUAAGAUUAAUAUAUUCAAAAAUACACUGCUUUUGACAAUCACUUUUUUUAUUUUUUAAUAUUU